AUUGGAAGAAAAUUGAAUGAUCCUAAUGUUUAAAAUGAUAAGAAAUAAUGGCUAUUCAAAGUAGAAAGUGAAUUUAGAUGAUAAACAAUGAUUGUUGUUAAACAUAAAGAAGAAAAUAUAAAAUUUCAUCCAGAAGAACUUCGAUGGUUUGAAAAAAAUGAAAGAAAUGGUUGAAACAUAUCUUGACUAUCCAGUUAUAAGAGCUGUAAUAACAUUUUCAACUUAUUUUAAUUAUUCAUAAAGAUAAGCUACAUAAGUUGCUAGUUUAAUAUAUAUAAUUGUAAUUCAUAAGAAAUAUAUAAAAAGGAGAAUAGAAUUUUUUAAUAUUAGAUUUAGGUGAAGGUAUCUUUGAUGCUAGUUUAUCAAUAAUUGAUGAUGAUGAGGUAUAUGAAGUAAAAUAAAUAUCUGGUGAUAAUCAUUUAGGUGGAGAAGAUUUUGAUAUUAUUUUGGUAGAAUUCUGUUUUGUAGAAUUUUAUAAGAAAAAAUGAUAAGAUUUAAAGUUAAAUUCAAAGGCUUUUAGAAGAUUAAGAACUUAAUGUGAAAGAGCUAAAAGAAUAUUAUCUUCAGUACAUUAAACAUUUAUUGAAAUAGAUUCUAUUGCUGAAAAUGAAGAUUUUUAUUGUUAAAUUACUAGAGUUAAAUUAAAGAAUUAUGUUUAGAUUAAUUUUUAAAAUUUAUUCCUCCAUCGGUUUUAAUUUUUGUUAUUCAAGAUGAUCUACCUAGUAAUACUUUUUCAUUUGAUUCUUUAACAUUCCAUAUCUUUUCAAGAAUUAUUAAAAGAAUUUUUUAAUAGAAAAGAACUUAAUAAAUCUAUCAAUCCAGAUAAAGCAGUUGCGUAUGGCGCUGCAAUCGAAGUGACUCUUUUAACAGGGAAGGCCUAAGAAUGUUAAUAGUAAUUAUUAGAUGUAAGUUCAUUUUCUUUAAAUUAAGAAAGAAGUGUUUUGUAUAUUUUUCUGAUUAUGAAAGAAGAUAAUUAACUUAUUUAAUAUAAUAAACUUAUAAUUGGCUUGAUUCUCAUCAAAAUGAAGAAACAGAAGUUUACAAAGAAUGAGAGUAUAAACUCCAUCAUAUUAUAUAAAAUGCCUAAACUUAAGUUAAACCUCAAUGUCAAAAUUGAAUAGAGAAAAUGAAUUUGAUGUUAAAUCAACUUAAGAAUAAGUGAACCGAC